AUGCUUUCUCCAUCCGCUGGUUCUUCAUACACUCGAGUCCUGCGCUCGACCCUCAAGACAUCCCUCAAGUCCUUCUCCACCUCAAAGCCCAUACUAAGCACCGCCAGCUCAAUCAACCCCAACUUCGUAAAGAUAGUCGAAGUCGGGCCUCGGGAUGGUCUCCAGAACGAGCCCCGGCCGAUCCCACCUCCCAUCAAAGCAGAACUCAUCAACAGACUAGCCAUCGCAGGAUUGCGCAACAUUGAAGCCGGUAGCUUCGUGAGCCCUAAAUGGGUGCCUCAGAUGGCGGGCACGGCAGAGGUUUUAUCUCUCAUAGAUAUUUUCCCGAAGACCGGUUACUCGGUGCUCGUUCCAAAUCAGAAGGGAUUAGACGACCUCCUAGAAUUACUCUCGCCUAGCACCUCUCCAAACUCACACGCAAAGCCCCCACCUCCCGUCACCGAAGUCGCAAUUUUUACCUCUGCGACAGACGCAUUCUCUCUCGCAAACACUAACAUCCCUAUCUCAGGCUCUCUCGAACGUCUCGCCCCUGUUGCGCGCAGAGCGCUUGAUGCUGGAUUAAAAGUGCGAGGGUAUGUUUCAGUAGUCGUCACAUGCCCAUAUUCCGGACGCGUAGAUCCGAGGCGGGUUAGGGAUGUUUCGAGGGAGCUAGUAGAGAUGGGGUGCUAUGAGGUGAGCUUGGGAGAUACGACAGGGGCGGGAACACCCGCGAGCAUCCGUGGGAUGCUAGAGGAGGUCGCGAAAGAGGUAGAUGUGGGGAUCCUUGCUGGACAUUUCCACGAUACCAAUGGCACAGCGACCGCCAAUAUUCUGACUGCUCUUGACUUUGGAUUGCGGACGUUCGAUGCGUCCGUUGGUGGCCUUGGGGGGUGCCCCUAUAGUCCUGGCGCCACGGGUAACGUUGCAACGGAAGACGUCUUCUAUGCUCUCACUGGGGAUAGUCGAUGGGAUGUAGGUCCCGUUGACCUAGUCCAACUAGCAGAAAUAGGGGGGUGGAUAUCCGGAGUACUCGGGCGAGAAACUACGAGUCGUGCUGGCAAAGCGCUGUUGGCGAGACGGAAGGGAGAAGAGGAACGUAAACGAAAGGAAGGAGCAAAGUUGUGA